CUUCACCUUCAAGAAGUAGUAGUCACUGCCAGGUGAAAGUACAAAAAAUGUCUUUUAUGUGAUAGAAACUUAACCAAAUAAGCAUUCGCGAUGCAUUAUAAAACGGUUGUGUUCAUCUUUAUAGUUAUUCUCCCAAGUUUUAAUAACGGACUCUUACAACGAUGCUACGUAUGCCGAAGCAGAGGCGAAUUAGGAAGUUGCAAAGACACCUUUGUGUUCAAAGCAAAUGAUACAGGCAUCACUUCGGCUCCUUGCGCUUCUGGGUGGUGCGGAAAAAUGUUAGAAACAGAAAACGCCCAAAAAGAAGAUUAUGACAUAGCAACUCAACGGCAUUGUUUGCAAAGAGGACCAUCUGAUAAUGAGGAAAGAUGUGCUUAUACACAAUAUAAUCAUCAACGAGUAUUUAUGUGUUUUUGUAAAGGAGAUUUAUGUAAUAAAGGAAAUCAUUUAGAUUUUAGUGUGAUAUUGUUAGUUUUAGGAGUGUUUAUUCAUUUUAUCAAUUUUAAUCAUAUAUAGAAAAGAAUUAUGUAUUUUUUUUAAAUAAAAUUUAUUUUGGUGUA